AUGGCCUGGAGACAGCUGUUUCUGAUCUGUCUCUCAGCCGUUGCACUCCUGUCCAUGCUAUGGGAGGGGGCCGCUGUGUCGGUGGGCCCGAGGCAGGUGGCAGGACAAGAGGCACAGGAAGACGUGGAAGAGGUUUUCAUGCAGGAAUCAGAUGCCUUGAAUUUCCUCAAGAAGCGCAGCAAGCGGUCCCCUAGAUUCCAGGACGAGGUCAAUGUGGAGAACAGGCAGAAGCUGCGGGCAGACGAGCUGCAGAGAGAGUAUCAUGAAGAACAAAGGAACGAGUUUGAGAACUUCGUGGAGGAGCAAAACCACAAACAGGGAGAGAGAAGCCGGGAGGCUGUCGAGCAGUGGCGCCAAUGGCAUUAUGACGGCCUGUACCCAUCCUACCUCUACAACCGCCACCACAUCUGAGCUCAGUUUGAGGGACACAGAAGAUGGAGCCUGAGACACCCGCUUACCCCUGGUAUUCGGGCACCUCUCCCGCACACAAACAGGCCCCUUCACAGGGCCUCAGUCACCUAGGGCCUUCUGUUCUUAUGGGUGAAAACACCCAGGCUUGCACUUCUUGGCAGAUGAUUUUCUGAGGUGAGCAAAGGCCUGUGGGGCCUCCUGGUAUCCCUCCUAGAGGUUCCCUGUUGCUUCACCAUCGCUCCCACACUGAGACUCCUGGUCCACAGAAAGAUGAGAAAUCACAGUAGAGAGAAAG